AUGGCGGUGGCUUCGUCACCUGAGCAGGCGGCUUCAUCAUCUGCGUUCCUGGCAGCGGUUAUUACGCUAAGGAUGAUCAGGGCUGCUCUGAAUAGGAGUUGGCAGUUUGCAAGGGACACUAAGCAGAUUUUGGAAGCUAAGCCAGUGCUUUUCUUGAACCAGAAUGACAGCUGUUCCAGUACUGCAGGUGCUGGUCGACAAUUUCAGAACGGGAAGAUCAAAGCUGAACAAGCUAAGAAAGUUGAAUUCUUAAGAACUGCAGAAAAGCUAAAAACUCAGCUUGCAAAUGCGGAAAAAGACAAAAAUGGACAUCUUUACAAUAGGAAGAGUGAUUUCAGGGUAGAAUACAGCAUACUAGAGGAACUGGAACGCUUUCUCCUUAAUGAGGCCCAAGAUUCAGAUUUUGUGUCACACAAUGAACUGCUGUGUGGCUUUUUGAAUCCCCCGGGUUAUUCUGGACACAUCAUGGCUCUUGUUUUUGUAUUGAGUUUAAUACACAAAGAAACUGUUAGAACUAUCAGCGCCUUGUUUUGUUUAACAGGAGCUAAAAUCCUGCAGCGGCUAUCAAAAAUACAAAAUAAUGUGAAGAGACUUCAGCAACAAUUAAAAGAUGUGAAGCUUACACCAGAAUUUGUUGACAAACUCAAGGAAAUUAUGGAAGAAGUUGAAAAUACAAUCAAUUCUUUUAAAGAGGAACAGAGGCAAAUAUAUGAACAGCUUUUGAAGGAGGAAAAAACUGCCAUUAAUGAGCUCAGUGUCUUUGAGAGAAAAGUGGAACUGUGGGCGUUAGGCAGCUCAACAACAGAAAAAGUUUUGAAAUUACCAUCAGCCAGGGUCUCAGUUGAUAAAACACUGGAAAGUCACCUACCUGAAGAAGUAGUAGAAUUUGAAAGAUUUUUUCAGCGAACAGGAGGGCGGCAAGGAGGCUGGGAUGAUUAUGAUCAUCAAAAUUUUCUGAAAGUAUGGACAAAACAUAAAGGAAGACCAUCUUACAUGGGUGAAGCCCUUGAGUGUCUCUGUGGAAGAACAAAAGAAGAUAUUGAACAGCAUGACAAAUGGUAUCAAGAAUUUUUAAUUUUACAGGAAAGAAAGAAAGAGUCAAUUAAGAAGUGGAAAGAAAAGCAGCAGCAAGAAAAAGAAGGGAACUUAAAGGAGAAAGAGAAGUCAGAAAAAAUGCUCAAGAAAAAACUGCUACAAUGUGAAGAAGCUCAGAAGCAAAAAGCAGAAGAAGAAAGAAAAAGAAAACAAGCUGCAAUUGAAGCAUGGAAGAGACAGAAGGCAAUAGCAUUUGCAAUGGAACAAGCAUCACAGCUAAAACUAGAAGAAGAAGAGAAGAAGAAGAAGCAACAAAAAGAACGCCAGCGCCAAUGCCACAUGAAGUUACUGUUGGAAAGGUAUAGCUUGCAGAAGAAAGAAAAAGAGGAGCUUGAAAAGCUUGAAAAGGAGAAGAGAGUGGAAUCUGAAAAGGAGAAGAGAGAGGAAGCUGAAAAGGAGAAAAGGAAGAGAAUUGCUGCAGAAGAAAUUACUAAGUUUCAAGAACGUGAUCUACGUAAACUGGAGCUAAGGAUUCUACAAAAACAAGCUAAAGAAGUAGAGAAACAAGAAAGAGAAAAAAGGUUGGCAGAGUUAAGAGAGAAGGUCAAGAUUCGUGUCACCAGAGACGGGUCCAGGUUGUACAGACCUACCAAGGCCUGGGAGGAACGCUCGAAAGAGGUCGCUCCAACAGCUUCAGAGCUGCUUUUACAUAUUCCCCACAGAGCUGUCCCAGCCUGGAGGCAAGGGUUGUAGCGGAGCGCCGGCCUCUCCCUGUCGCAGGGUGAUGACCUCCGUGCCUGCGAAGCGGCCAGCCGUC